AUCUUACAUCCCGCUAAUCCUCAGGCCGAUAACAUCGAUCACUAGCGGCCCAUCAUGUUUUCCCUGCCACCCCUCGACCCGGAGACCGAAGUCCGACCUCACUUUCCGGCCUUGGCCAAAUACCCCGACUUUGUGUUCGCGGACAAUGCCGGUGGCUCUCAGAUUCUGCAAUCCUCGUUGGACCUCAUCUCAGACUAUCUCGUCAGCUCGAACGUUCAACUCGGUGGUGGAUAUCCGCAUUCAGCUGAUGCGGGGAAAAGGGUAGCUGAUGCCAAGCGGGCGACGGCGAUCUUGACCAACGUCGAGGGUGGGGAUGGACAGGUAGUGCUGGGGAGCUCGACGACGCAGUUGGCCACGAAUUUGGCUCAGGCUUGCGGGCUCAAGGGAAAGAUGGAAGGAUUGUUCGAGCUGGGAGACGAGAUCGUAGUCACUGCUGCUGAUCAUGAAGCCAACGUCGGUCCCUGGGUCCGCCUGGCAAAACAACUCAACCUGACCAUCCGGUACUGGCUGCCUACCCCGAUCGAUCCGAACAAUCCUUUCAGCUUACACCUCGACCCCGCGCAGCUGCCCUCAAUCGUCAACGGGCGGACCCGCCUUGUCGCCUUUACAGCCAAGAGCAACCUCCUCGGUCAUGCUACCGAUGUCGAGGAGGCUGUACGGAUCGUCAAAGAAAGCACGGGCGGGAGGGGGAUGACGGUCGUCGAUUGCGUGGCGGAUUGUCCGCAUCAGACGAUGGACAUGAAGGCGUGGGAAUGCGAUGCCGUUAUGUUCAGUCAUUAUAAGCUCUUUGGUCCCCACUUGUCAGCUUUGGUCAUCUCGCCUUCUUCCCCGAUGUCAUCCUUCCGCCUAGGUACCCUCGGGCAUUACUUUCACCCUACGGACCCUAGUUACAAGCUCGCUCCCGGAGGCGCACCUUACGAGCUACAAGUCGGAUGUUCUGCCAUUCUCCCCUACUUGACCACGCUGGGCUCCGCUGGGGUGUCCGAGUCGGGAGCAAAGGCUCUGGGGGACAGGAAGCUAGUCGCGAGGGCUUAUCUGAGGAUAGGGACGUACGAAGAGAAAUUAUCCGAGGUGUUGUUGAGCUGGUUGACCGGGGAGGAAGGGAAAGCUAAGGGGGUCAAGGUCGUCGGACCGGAGACCAAGGAAGGGAGAUCGCCGACGAUUUCUUUCGUGGUCGUCGAAGAGGUUGGGAAGGGGCGGUAUAGGAAGAGAAUGAAGAGCGCGGAUAUCGUCAAGGUGUUUGAUGAUGAGCAAAGGAUCGGAGUCAAGUACGGUCAUUUCUAUGCUCCCCGGAUCUUGCCUUGCCUCCCGCUCGAGCAAGAAUCGACAGCUCCUGAACAAGGAUACGCAGCGGAGAAAGGGGAUCCUUGGUUGCCCGAACCCGAAGGGGAUGGGGUUGUCAGGAUCUCGCUCGUGCAUUACAAUACGGUAGAAGAGGUCGAGAAAAUCGUUAGCGUUCUGAAGCGGGUAUUGUAGGUACGGGCGCAUACAGCAUCGAUUUGAUGGCGAGUAUUGUGCGGCUUGACUGGCCCAGACUGCCAAUAUGGCGCUACGAAGAUUGAUCUUAAUAGACUACGAUAACCAAAAGCCAGGGUUUGAGGACAUUGAUCUGCAUUUCCGAGCUCAUUCGAUUGCCGUCCUGGCCCUCAACCUAGGAAGCCCUGGGUAUGUCCUGCACCUGUCAAGUCAUUUGAGACAAAUUCACCUACAUCCCCUACAUCCCUGAAGGGGGUGAUCCCCAUCUGGAGGACAAAGUUUGGAACAAAGAGGUCGUCACCAUUGCAUCGACACACGGUUUCACUCCCUAUGUACAAGAGUGCUUUUAUGAACUUGUCGCUUCGGCUCCGGCUUGAUUGACCUUCAUAUACAAUGCC